AUGAUGAUGGAGUAAAAUACAAAGCAAGAAGACUAUGACUUUGAUUAUGCAGAAAAAAAUAUUAUUGAAUAUUAAUUAGAUUAAAGUGGUAUUUUACACAUUAGUCAAUAGAAACUAUUCAUUAUAAGUGUCUGUUUAUUUUGUGGAAACGAGAUAUCUUCAAAUUUACUGAAAUUAAAUUGUGGGCAUAUUUAUCAUUAGGACUGCUUUAUAAAUUGGCUAUAAUUUUAAAUCUAAAAUAAAAAGAGUUCAAUUAUUAAGUGCAGAUGUGGAACCAAAAUGAACACAAAUAUCAUCAGGAGAAUUCCAGAAAGUAAAAUUAGACUGAAAUUAUUGAAUUCAUUAUUUUCAGAAUAAUUAGCUAUAAUACUUCCGAAUUUAAGGAAAAUCAAUGAUUUUGAUUAAAUAUAGGGAUUAUUCAAGAGCAAUCAAUAUACAGAGGAUCAUGAUUAUGUUAGUUCUUCAGGGUUAUUAUAUUUUAGUAAUUACUCUACACCAGGAGGAGAUUGA